GUCGGUGUGUUCAUUUACUUGGGUCUGGCCCAGGAGAAGCUGUCUUUAACCUCGGACCGUGUAUAGGAUAACGGUGCGUUGGCGUCACGGUGCGCUGGCGUCACGGCGUCAAGUGAUAAGUUUUACAAACUAUGUAACUACUGAACAUUAAGAAUGAAACCUGAAGAGAAGAAAUCUAAUGAAAAAUGCCACAUAAAAAUGAUAUACUGUAAUUUGUUCACACACGACAGCUUAUCCCGGAAAUAUACUUGAAACAGAAUCCAUAAUGGCUGCUUAUAUGCAAAAGCAAAGUGGUGGCGGUGGAAGCAAGGGCUUUAGCUCCUGCUCAGUUGGCGGAGGAAGAACGAGUGGCUCUCGUAGCUCUGGUUUUGGAUCCAGAAGUCUAUUUCUUGGUGGAAGUAAAAGAAUAUCGAUUAGCGCAGGCAGCACUCGAGUUGGGGGAGGCUAUGGAGGUGGAGCAGGAGGCUUUGGUGGUGGUGCAGGAGGCUUUGGUGGAGGUCAUGGAGGAUUCGGUGGUGGAGCAGGAGGAUUCGGUGGUGGUGCAGGAGGAUUCGGUGGUGGUGCAGGAGGAUUCGGUGGUGGAGCAGGAGGAUUCGGUGGUGGAGCAGGAGGAUUCGGUGGUGGAGCAGGAGGAUUCGGUGGUGCAGGAGGAUUCGGUGGUGGAGCAGGAGGAUUUGGCGGACCUGGAGGUGAUGCUGGAUUUCCUGUUUGCCCACCUGGUGGAAUCCAAGAAGUCACAAUCAACCAAAGCCUUUUGCAGCCACUUAAUGUGGACAUAGAUCCCAACAUUCAAAAAGUAAAAACUGAAGAAAGAGAACAGAUUAAAGCCCUCAACAACAAAUUUGCAUCUUUCAUUGACAAGGUUAGAUUCUUGGAACAGCAAAACCAAGUCCUAGAAACAAAAUGGCGCCUCUUGCAAGAACAAGGAUCAAAGGGUGGUACCAAAAGAAACAACUUAGAGCCCCUUUUUGAAAACUUUAUUAGCAAUUUGAAGAAACAUCUUGACUCUAUAACAAGCGAGAGAAGCCGUCUAGAGAAUGAGCUGAAAAACAUGCAAGAAAUGGUGGAGGACUUCAAGAAAAAAUAUGAAGAUGAAAUUAACAAGCGCACUGCAGCAGAAAAUGACUUUGUUGUGCUUAAGAAGGAUGUAGAUGCAGCAUAUAUGACCAAGGUGGAUCUGGAGUGCAAGGUGGAUAGCCUGACAGAAGAGCUGAACUUCCUGAGAACUCUAUAUGAACUUGAGCUCUCACAAACACAAGGAUCAACCGGUGACACCUCUGUUGUUCUGUCUAUGGAUAACAACCGGGAAUUGAACCUGAACGACAUCAUUAGUGAGAUUAAGAAUCAAUAUGAACAAAUCGCACAGAGAAGUAGAGCUGAAGCAGAAGCCUUAUAUGACAACAAGUACAAGCAGUUGCAAGCUGCCGCUGGACAACAAGGUGACAGCCUGAAGAACACAAAGAGCGAAAUUUCAGAACUGAACCGUAUGAUCCAGAGGCUGAGGGCUGAGAUUGAAAGCGUCAAGAAGCAGAUUGCAUCUCUCCAGUCCAACAUUGCUGAGGCUGAGGAACGUGGUGAACUUGCUCUGAAAGAUGCUAAAGAGAAGUUGGUUGAACUUGAAGUUGCUUUGCAGAAGGCCAAAGAAGACCUGGCCCGUCAACUGCGCGACUACCAGGAGCUCAUGAAUGUGAAACUUGCUCUUGAUGUUGAAAUUGCCACCUAUAGGUGCAUGCUGGAGGGAGAAGAGGAAAGAAUGUCCGGACAAGUAGUGAACAAUGUCACUGUCUCUGUUGUCAGUGGAGGUUCUUCAACCAUGUCUGGUGCUGGAGGAGCAGGAGGAUACGGUGCUGGUGCAGGAGGAUAUGGUGCUGGUGCUGGAGGAUACGGUGCUGGUGCAGGAGCAGGAUUCGGUUCUGCUGGAGGAAGUGGAUAUGGCAUUGGAGGAGGCAGCGGCGCUCAAUAUGGGUCCAGCAGUGGUCAAUAUGGGUCCAGCAGUGGUCAAUAUGGGUCCAGCAGUGGUCAAUAUGGGUCCAGCAGUGGUCAAUAUGGGUCCAGCGGUGCUCAAUAUGGGUCCAGCAGUGCUCAUUAUGGGUCAAGCAGUGGGCAACAUGGUGCCUCUCAAGGGAGCAGUGCCAGCCGUUCUGGAGGCAGAAGCACAGUCGCUGUUUCAAAAACAUCAUCAUCCUCAGUGAAGAGAACAUAUUAAGAUGUUCUUUUGCCCUAGCACUGGUCACCACCCUUCAACUCCAAACUUCCCUAUACUUUUGUCAAUCUGCUAAAAUACAAGAAGCUUCACUAGUAUGUUCAGUUGUAUCAUCCUGGCUCAUACCUUGUCUGUUCUUAGGGAUACAAUUGACUAUAACAUAGAUCUUUUAAACUUCCCAUUGACAUCUUAAAUAAGUCAACCAUCAGUUGAAUAGAUAAGUAUAUUCUAAGGUAUUGUAAAAGUUAACACCACUGUAUUUGUCAACGCAAAGGAUCACGACCAUAUCAUGUAGAGGGUGAUGUGUCCUUAUAUUCCCUGUGUAUGAAUGUAAUUGCACUAAUGUGUAUCCCUGUAACAUACCUAGGUGAGUUUGUUUGAGACUUCUGAGCUAGGCGAUGGCUGGCGCCAGUCUUGUAAGUUCUUGCUUUCUUUGUUUCUUAGUUAUGCAUGUGAGGGAUCCUAGGUUUGUUGUAUAUAAAUACUGGUUAAUGCAUUACUGGAUCUUUCAGCUCCAGGCUUGCACAUCUUGUCUUUUCUUUUUAUCUUCAAUAAACUGCAU